ACAUUUUUUUUUGUGCUCCUCCUCAUGACUGCAUUUGUGCUUCACAGAUUAACAUGUUUCGCAGAAACCCAGAGAUCAACUCCACCGUGUCCAUGUCAGGUCUGCACGCCGUCAGCAGCUCUGAUGACGUCAAACCGCCCUUCGGUUUGAAGCCGAUGUCCGCCCACAGCCCAGGGCCCAUGCUCUCUCAGAAACGCUUGUGUGCCAUCUGUGGAGAUCGCUCUUCUGGCAAGCACUACGGCGUGUACAGCUGUGAGGGCUGCAAGGGCUUUUUCAAGCGCACUGUGAGGAAGGACCUGAGCUACACAUGCAGAGACAAUAAGGACUGUCUGGUGGACAAACGCCAGAGGAACCGCUGCCAGUACUGCCGCUACCAGAAGUGCCUGGCCAUGGGGAUGAAGAGAGAGGUGGUCCAAGAUGAACGACAACGAUCUGUUCAGGAGGAGCGUCAGAGGAACAAGGAGCGGGAGGGAGAGGUGGAGUCCACCUCCGCAGCGAAUGAAGAGAUGCCCGUGGAGAAGAUUAUGGAAGCAGAGAUGGCCGUGGAGCAGAAAACUGAGCUGCAUGCAGAUGGCAGCUCAGGGGGAAGCUCUCCAAAUGACCCAGUCACAAAUAUCUGCCAGGCGGCUGAUAAACAGCUGUUCACUUUGGUGGAGUGGGCAAAACGGAUCCCGCACUUCAGUGAGCUGUCUCUGGAUGACCAGGUCAUCCUGCUGCGUGCUGGCUGGAAUGAGCUACUGAUCGCGUCAUUCUCUCAUCGCUCCAUCACGGUGAAGGAUGGCAUUCUGCUGGCCACCGGCCUCCAUGUGCACAGGAACAGUGCUCACAGCGCUGGGGUGGGAGCCAUCUUUGACAGGUAAUCAUCAUGUCACAUGACUA